UGAUAUUGUUUUGAUAAUAAAGAAUCAAAUUUAAUGACAUUAAGUAUCCUUCUCAUUUAUAGCAAGACAAUGAAUGAGCUAAUGUGUAGUCUUACAUGCAUGUUUUACACUCGGCAAAAUCACAGUCCCCAACAACAAACCGAAACUCAAUGCAGUGAAUAAAUUGUAUGAAGGAAACGUAUCUGCAUCAAUUCAUUUGACAAUUCCUGCUCUAUCCAGCCAUGGAUGGAACAGGAGACAAAACAGCAGAAUUGUUUCAUGGCCAAGCCCAAUUGUACAGACUCAUGUAUCUUUGGAUGUCUUCUUUAUGUCUAAAGUGUGCCAUUGAGCUCGAAAUACCAGACAUAAUCCACGAGCAUGGCCAACCCAUCUCUCUCUCUCAGUUGGUAUCAGAUCUCAAAGUUCCACCCUCUAAAACUACCUUUCUAAAAGGGCUCAUGCGCUUGCUGGCUCACAAUGGCCUCUUCACCAUCAUCAAAAACAACAACAAUGAAGAAGAAAGCGAAGUAUCGUAUGAUCUCACUUCUGCAUCACGGCUUCUUGUGAAUGGCACAGACCAUUGUUUAUCUUCAAUGGUUCAGUUGACUGUAAGCCCAGCUUUACUUGAUUUGUAUCAAAACUUGGGGAAAUGGGUUCGUGGGGAGGAGAAUACACUGAGAGAGACAUCGUUUGGCGUAGGUGUUUAUGAAUUCCUUGCUCAAAACCCAGAAGAUUUGGCAGUCUUCCAAGAAGCAAUGGCUAGUGAUUCCAGAUUCAUGAAACUGGUAAUGAAAGAUUUGGAAUCUGUUUUUGAUGGAUUGAAUUCCAUAGUUGAUGUUGGUGGUGGAACUGGUACAACUGCUAAGAUUAUCUGUGAAGCAUUCCCUAAGUUGAAACGCACGGUGCUCGAUCUUCCUGAGGUCGUCUCAAACUUAUCUGGAAACUCCAAUGUGAGCUUUGUUGGUGGGGACAUGCUUAAAUCCAUCCCUCGUGCUGAUGCAGUGCUGAUUAAGUGGGUUUUACAUGACUGGGGUGAUGAUGAUUGCUUAAAGAUACUUAAAAAUGCCAAGGAAGCUAUUUCAGGCAAUGGAAAAGGAGGAAAAGUGAUCAUCAUAGAUACAGUGUUGAAUGAAAAAGAAGAGCAGCAUGAAGUGCUAGAAACAAAGCUCUUACUCAACAUAAUGCUGGCGGCUGAAUUCAAUUCAAAAGAGAGAUCCGAGGAAGAAUGGAAGAAACUCUUCCUGAAAGCAGGCUUCACAGAUUACCAGAUAUUUCCCAUAUUUGGCUUUAGGUCUCUCAUUGUGCUAAAUCCUUAGAUUUGGUGGGAAUCUAAUGACUAGUUUUACAUGUUUUAAACAGAAUAAAUUUGCAGCGGAACAAGAGUUAUGAUUCUUCUGCAAUUUCAAUGAGCUAUAACAUAGCGCUAUAAAGAAAUUGUUCCCCAUCUUAUAACUGCGGCUGAAUCAUCUAGCAAUUUAUAAACAUUCAUGUCUACAUAAAGUCAUUACCCAGUUGAGUGAAAAAAAAUAACAAAGUUAUUAUUGA